GAGCCAAUCCGUGGCAGCAUUCUGACUAAGUGACUCGCUUUAAGACAGUGUCAUGGCACCAUCGCAUCCUCCGACCACUGGAUCCUCCACUGUUUCUUAUUAGUGACCGUGCGCCACUAGGGGAAUCAUUUUACGCGCGAGCACCUACUGGCAAAAACCGACUGUGGCGAGCCUCUGUCCUCCUGUUGCGCCAUGGAGAACUCCAGCCUGUUGGGUGGCGACGCACAGAAUGCUGGCUUGAUAGGCUUUCUUAUGUCGGACACUUUGGAUCAAGUUGUGGAUUUUCCACAGGACACUGCCAUGACUGGAUUAGUGGCCGGUAGUGCCAUCUUCCUUGAAGGCAGCACCUUCAGGACUUCCGCUGGAGCGGAGUUUAUGGCCGCUCCACCGACGGAAUCCCCUCACCUGAUGCCUGCCUUUUGGGAUUCCCCGCUCAGUCACGGAAUCAAUGUGUUUGUGGGACUUGUUCUUUGCUUCACUAUGCUGGGGCUGGGCUGUACGGUGGAGAUCAGCCAGCUUGGCCAGCACAUCCGCCGACCCAUCGGGGUGCUGCUGGCACUGGUGUGUCAGUUUGUGAUCAUGCCCUUGGUGGCCUUUCUUUUGGCUUUAGCCUUCUCUCUGGAUGAUGUGGCGGCGAUGGCCGUUCUUCUCUGUGGCUGCUGCCCCGGAGGAAACUUAUCAAAUAUCAUGUGUCUGCUGGUGCACGGAGAGAUGAAUCUAAGCAUCAUCAUGACAAUAUCUUCCACUCUGCUGGCGCUCGUGCUAAUGCCACUGUGUCUGUGGAUCUACAGCCGGGCCUGGAUCAACACACCUGUGGUGAACCUCAUGCCCUUCGGGGCCAUCAUCCUGACCCUGUGCAGCACUCUCAUCCCCAUUGGUUUGGGAGUUAUGCUGAGGUACCGAUACACGCGUGUGGCCGACACUGUGUUAAAGGUAUCCCUGUGGUCUCUGCUAGUCACCCUUGUGAUGCUGUUCAUCCUGACUGGAGCGAUGCUGGGGCCGGAGCUCCUGUCCACCAUCCCGGCCUCGGUCUACGUGGUGGCCGUCCUGAUGCCUCUGUGUGGCUACGCUGCAGGCUACGGCCUGGCCAUGCUCUUUGAACUGCCGCCCAACAGCUGCAGGUCGGUCUCUCUGGAGACGGGAUGCCAGAACGUGCAGCUGUGCACUGCCAUCCUGAAGCUGGCCUUCCCCCCUCAGCUGAUGGGAGGGAUGUACAUGUUCCCUCUGCUGUACGCCCUGUUCCAAGCAGCCGAGGCGGGCAUUUUCAUCCUGGCCUACAGGAUGUACAGGAAGAACGUCCUGCACAAACCAGACCCCGCUUGGGACAGCGAGGACACGGAUAUAACUUAUCAAAGAUUUCAGGAUGAUGAGUACAUUGACUCUUCUUAUGGUGCCGUUACAGUGAGUGACCCAAACACCAUCAUGUUGGACCCCUGUCCUCCUGAUCCAACUCCUGUUUAAUGUGCACAUUUUAAAUAUUGCUUCCCUACAAGUGGAUUCCUCGUUUUGAUUGCUAUCAUUCAUAAAGGAAAAACUUGGAAAACAGGAUGACUAUGCAGGGAAAUCCAGAAUGUUUAUCACUGACCUGACUGCUGUUAAAAAAAAAGGUGCUUUCUGACAUAAGCUUCAAUCAUUCUGUUUGACAUCCAUGUCUAAUAUGGGAU